UUACAGCCAAUUCCAAUCAACCAACCACAAUCCAUCUAUUCCUCAAGUUCAUCACACCAUCCAUCCAUCUAUCAUCAACAGCGGCAUCUUGAUAGUGAGAGUCAUCCUAGCUUCAUCCAACUGUUCAUCAAUUCAACCAUUUUGUAUCUUAUUCAGCCGCAACGAUACACCUUUCCCUUAUACCUAUAAACGGUAACUUUUUCUUAGAUUUAGACACCAUAAAAUUUUAAUAACUAUUCAAUCUUGUUUUUAGCAGCAUGUCAUUUCACGACCUUAUCCCUGUGGUCAACAAAUUACAAGAUAUUGUAACUACUACUCAAUUAUCUGAUUUAGACUUACCUAUCUUAGCCGUGGUUGGAUCUCAAUCAUGUGGUAAAUCGUCAGUAUUGGAAAAUAUUGUCGGUAAGGAUUUUUUACCAAGAGGUACUGGAAUCGUCACCAGAAGACCUUUGGUGUUACAAUUGAAUCAUGUCAAAUAUGAUGAUCCUAUCAUUAGUAAUGGUUCAAAUGAUUAUCAACCACAAUCAUCUCCAUUUUCAUAUUCAUCUUCUACUGAUAAUGAUGAAGAAGGUGAAGUUAAUUUAGAAGAUCAUUUAAGAAAACAUGCCAAUGGAGGGAAAUAUCAACCUCCAAGUGAAUGGGGAGAAUUCUUACAUAUUCCAAAUAAAAGAUAUUAUAAUUUUAAUGAUAUUAGAAAAGAAAUUGAAAAUGAAACUUUAAGAAUUGCCGGUACUAAUAAAGGAAUAUCAAGAUUACCGAUCAAUUUAAAGAUUUUUUCACCAAAUGUAUUGGAUUUAACCCUUGUUGAUUUACCUGGUUUAACUAAAAUCCCUAUCGGUGAUCAACCAACUGAUAUUGAAAGACAAACUAGAAAUUUAAUUUUGGAAUAUAUUUCAAAACCUAAUUGUAUUAUUUUAGCAGUUUCACCCGCUAAUGUUGAUUUAGUUAAUUCUGAAUCCUUAAAAUUAGCCAGACAAGUUGAUCCAACUGGUAAAAGAACAGUUGGUAUAUUAACUAAAUUAGACUUAAUGGAUCAAGGUACUAAUGCUCUUGAUAUCUUAAAAGGUAAUGUUUAUCCCUUAAAAUUAGGAUUCAUCGGUAUUGUUAAUAGAUCUCAACAAGAUAUAUCAGAAAAUAAAGCUUUAACUGAUAGUCUUUAUGAUGAACAACAAUUUUUCAGAAAUCAUCAAGCUUAUAAAGCUUUGUCGAAUAAAUGUGGUACGAAAUUCUUAUCUCAAACUUUAAAUAAAAUCUUAAUGAAUCAUAUUAGAGAUAGAUUACCUGAUAUUAAAGCUAAAUUAAAUACUUUAAUGGGUCAAACUGAACAAGAAUUGUUAAGUUAUGGAGAAAUCCCCUCCAAUUUAACUAAUUCUCCUGAAUCAAGAGGAGGUUUAAUAUUAACUCUAAUGACAAAAUUUGCUAAUUCAUUUGUAAAUUCAAUUGAAGGUACUUCAUUAAGUGAAAUUUCUACUAAAGAAUUAUGUGGUGGGGCUCGUAUCUAUUAUAUUUUUAAUGAAAUAUUUGGAGCUCAAUUAGCUGCUAUAAAUCCAACUCAUAAUUUGUCCAUCUAUGAUAUCAGAACUGCCAUAAGAAAUUCAACUGGUCCAAGACCUGCAUUGUUUGUACCUGAAUUAGCAUUUGAUUUAUUAGUCAAACCUCAAAUUCAAUUAUUAGAAGAUCCUUCUCGUAGAUGUGUGGAAAUGGUUUAUGAAGAAUUAAUGAAGAUUGUUCAUAAUGUAUGUUCAUCAAACAUUGGCUUGGAAUUGAAUAGAUAUCCGCGUUUAGAAGCUAAAUUGAUUGAAGUUGUAAGUGAUUUAUUAAGAGAAAGAUUAGGUCCAACUAUCAAAUAUGUUGAAUCAAUUAUUGAAAUUCAUCGUGCUUAUAUUAAUACCAAUCAUCCAAAUUUCGUUGGUGCUGCUAGAGCCAUGAGUCUUAUCGUUGAACAAAGACAAAAACAAAAGGAAUUAGAAUCAAGAAAUAAAUUAAAAUUAGCCAGUGAAAGAAUUUUAAAUUCAAAAAUCAUACGGGAAGAAGGCAGUAAUGGUGAAGAUGAUGAUGAUGAAAUUGCUGAUGAUGAAGAAGAUAUUAAUUCAGUUGAUGAUGUCAUAAAACAACCAAAACCAAUCAAAAGUGGUUCUUCUCAUAAACGUUCCGAUUCUAGCAAGACUAAUUUCUCCAUUAAAUCAGAAUCAACUCCUUCUAAUUUGAAUGGAAAUGCUUAUCCUGAAUCAUUCUUUAAUUAUUUCUUUGGCAAAGAUCCAAUAAUUCAUCAACAACAUUUACAACAUCAAGCUCAAUUAAAUCCAGUUCCAUUUAAAUUCCCAAUUCAUCAAGAAAAUACUUUACAAUUCAUAAACAAUAAUUCUAAUAAUACCAAUGUUCAUUCUACUAAUUCAAGUUCAAAUACCAUUUCAAGUCAUAACCUUACUGAACAACAAUUUAAGCAUUUAAAUUUAAGUGAUCCAUCUCAAGAUGAUUCUACUUCAUUUGAAAGUGAUGAUGCUAUUAAUGAAUUAAGUGAACGUGAACAAUUAGAAUGUGAAUUAAUCAGACGUUUAAUCGUAUCUUACUUUGGCAUCGUUCGUGAAAUGAUUCAAGAUCAAAUCCCUAAAUCAAUCAUGUGUUUACUAGUUAAUUAUAUUAAACAACAUAUUCAAAAUCGUUUAGUAGUGAAAUUAUAUAAUGACGCAUUAUUUGAUGAAUUAUUACAAGAAGAUGAAAAUAUUCAAGCUGAAAGGGAAAAAUGUAUGGAAUUAUUGAAUACUUAUAGGGAAGCUUCAAGAGUUAUAAGUGAAGUUAUAUAAAAUGGUGGUAUAUCUUUUUUUACGUUUUAAAUGUUCUUUUUCUUUUUCUUCUUUUUCUUUUUAUCAUUUUGUUAUUAAAAACCUUCUUUGUAAAUA